AGCACAGAAUAGGCCGAGAGAGCGACAAAGGAGGAAAUUUCCGUUGGUACGGAGUUGCAGUCCCAAGGGUAAAUUGGAUAUUACGGGGGAAAAAAGGCGGAGAAGUUUACCCCCCCACCUAUAUAGCGGACGAUUUCGAGCGCGACUAUUGUCGUAAAAUCAAAACAUUGAUUGGAAGGUAGCGUCUAAAGUCUCAAUUGAAGAGCCUAAGCAAGCGCAUAUAGACAGAGGAGCAAACGGAAGGGGGGAGAGAGUACAUCUGAUUCUUAUUGCGUGAACAAAGCGUGUCCGAGGCUAACCCCAUUCACAUUCGCAAGAAAGAAGAGAUUCUCUCGGGCGGGUACCUGAAAACCCAAGAGGCUUUUUCUUUUUUCUUUUUGGUUUUUUCCCCAAUACCGGAUAAAUCCGGUAAUUGAGCUCCGAGUUGUAAUUAAUUGAUUAAUAAACUAGUAAUAAAGUGGCUAAUUGGGUCCGGUGAAUGUGCUGCGGAGGAGCGUCCGAUUUGUUAGUAGUUGGGAGACGACGGCAUCAUGGAAAGAUUAUUAACGGCGGUGGACAUGGUGAACCAGGCGGCGGGAGGACAGUCGUUGUUAGGGACCAUCAAAAUCGCGGUUUUGCCCAUCGCAAAGGUCUUCACGAUGUGCUUCCUGGGAUUUCUCAUGGCUUCCAAGUAUGUCAACAUUUUGCCCGCUAAUGGAAGGAAACUUUUAAAUGGGUUGGUCUUUUCACUAUUACUUCCGUGUUUGAUAUUCUCUCAGCUCGGUCAGGCUGUCACCAUAGAGAAAAUGCUUGAGUGGUGGUUUAUUCCUAUGAAUGUUAUUCUGGGUACCAUGUCAGGCUCAUUAAUAGGUUUCAUUGUUGCAUCCCUAGUCCGUCCACCAUACCCUUUUUUCAAGUUUACAAUCAUACAGAUUGGAGUUGGGAAUAUUGGGAACGUACCACUUGUCUUGAUUGCGGCUCUUUGCAGAGACAAAUCUAAUCCCUUUGGUGACUCAGAAACAUGUAGCACAGAUGGAACUGCCUAUAUUUCGUUUGGGCAAUGGGUCGGUGCCAUCAUCUUAUACACAUAUGUGUUUCAUAUGCUGGCACCUCCCCUGGAAGGUUCAUUUGACAUUGAGGAUGUAAGUCUUCCCAUCAAGAGCAAUCUGAAGGAUGGCACAUCCGAACAGCUUCCACUGCUUACACAAGAGGAGGCUGCAUCAACAAAUUUAAAUGCUUCAGAAAAAGGAAUGAUGAAAGUUUUCUUUGUUUUUCUAUAUGAGAAGUUGAAGCUCAAGCAAAUACUUCAGCCCCCUAUCAUUGCUUCUAUCCUAGCUAUGCUCCUCGGUGCAGUACCAUUUUUUAAGCGAUUGAUCUUUACGACGGAUGCUCCUUUUUACUUCUUCACUGACAGCUGCAUUAUUCUUGGGGAGGCCAUGAUUCCAUGCAUUCUGUUGGCUUUAGGAGGCAAUCUUGUUGAUGGACCUGGAAGUUCAAAACUUGGCCUACGGACAACUGCAUCUAUUAUUUUUGCGCGGUUAGUUUUGGUGCCUCCUGUAGGGCUUGGCAUUGUCAUGUUGGCCGAUAAGCUUGGUUUCCUCCCUGCCGGUGAUAAGAUGUUCCGAUUUGUCCUACUUCUUCAGCAUUCAAUGCCAACAUCCAUCCUUGCUGGUGCUGUUGCCAAUUUAAGAGGCUGUGGAAGGGAAGCAGCUGCUGUCCUGUUCUGGGUGCAUAUAUUUGCUGUCAUCUCAAUGGCUGGAUGGAUUGUACUCUACCUUAACAUUCUCUUCUAGAACUGCAGCAAGCUGUUGCCAUGCCAAAUCUUCCAUUGUAUUUUGUCAAAUCUUAAAUUCAUUAGUAGCAAGUUGAAAUUUUUUUCUUAUUUCUGUCCCCUUCUCUUGAUAAUGUUGGGAAGUAGCAAUGUUUAUAAGAGCUGUUGUUAAGAAAGUGCUUAAAAUGUCCUCCCUA